CACACGUCACUGAUCUCGAAAUUCCACAUGUCAAAGUGAGCAAAACGGAGGAUGGCUCGCCAAGAAAGAUGUCGUUAUCCUUACGCAGUAAACCUCGCCGACCAUCGUAUUUAAUGAAUGCCCAGCGCGAUUCCUCACUGGUACACAUGAGUGAUCACAUUCCUCGAGCAAGAACAAGAGAUACAAAUGAAGUGAAUAAGGCAUCCUCCUUUGAGUGUACCAGGAUCCGAAGUUUGGCUCAAAAAAGUCCGUCUGCGUCGGAAAAGGAAGCACUGCCCACUGAUGAGGUAAAGCGGCUUAAAAUUUGUCUGGAAGAAAACGAUUUACCACAAAAACUAGACGAGCAGCACCAAACACAACAGAAGGAGCAACGGCAACACCUUAAAAACUAUCAUUAUCAGCAAGAACAAAAGCGGCAACAACAGCAAGCAGAAAGCAGACAAAAAGGAGAAAACUGCUACAAAGAUAUCAAGAGACGUGUAUUUUCUGAAUUCAAGUGUUCUGGACUUAAGGCAAGAACUAAGAAGGACACGGCUGAGCUUUUAGGAAAGGAUUCAAUAGAAACUACAGAUUUACUUAAUAAGACACCUUUGAAAACUAUGAAAAUGCAUCGGAAGAAACAACAGCGCUAUACCACAUCCUCAAAAACACCUAAAUCAGACAGUGAAAAAUUGGAGUUAAAUAGUAUCGAAGAUAUCUCUCCAAAAAAAGUCUCGAGAAAACUUGACAUUAGAUCUUCGAAAGGAAAAACAAAUAAUUUCAAUAAAUCAGAAUACAAGGUAAAUGAAACAAAAUCGCACGAAUCAGACUCUCCCGAAAUAUCUUUACACGACAAAUUAGAAGUAAAUAUAGAGAAACAAGAAAGCGUAACGCCGAACCAGAAUCAAAAUGUACAUACACAAAUGAGGCCACAAAUGAAAAGUUUUAAGAUAUUUUUGACGGAUGUGGCAAGCAUUGACUCGAAAAGGUAUCUGUACAACGCCGCACUCGAAAGAUGGAAACGACAAAACAACGAACAGCAAAAACUCAAAAGGAUUUUCUCGGCAUCACAUAAGUCACCACUUAAACGCAUUGUUAAUUUUUCAUCUCCACAAAGACGAAGAAACUCAAGUCCACGGAAGUCACCACAAGGAAAGCGUUAUGGCGUCCUUGAUGUAACUAUUCAUAUCUCUCCACCGCCGAAAGCUUCAUCAGAAGACCAAGCUACUCCGAUGUCUAACCGAACUGCUUCCUCGCCAUUGAAGAGGGCUAGAUCUUCAACAUUCACUAAAGUUCGGUCUCAGUCUCAACAAUCGACUGAUUCCUAUGUCUCAUCGAGCUCAAACAGAUCUUCAUCUUGUACAAAAACUGUUUUUCCAUCGCCUCCAUUAACUGAUACCAACUCUGCAUCAAAAUGUCAAUUGCCCACGGCUUUUGCUUUCUCGCCAGACAAAAUUCAGUUUGAAUAUACAAAUUCGCCGGAUUCCAAACGGCUUAGUACACCGAACAAAAUCGCAAACACGAAAAGAAAAAUUCUCACAGAGAGCGAUAGGCCAUCUUUUCCUCGCCAACGUCAGGCUAAUGAGAUUGAUAGAUUAUUUGACACACUUGGUUCAUGCCUUUCAAAGGAAGAGACAUAUUUACAAAUGACGCACAGAGAAUCUGGAGUACAGAAUGAGUUAUCAGAGUUGGGAAGCGGAACUGAAGAGAGGAACGUCAAUAAAUACCAAGAUAAUGCUGACUGUGUCUCCGCCAAACAAAUAUCCAACAAAGAGGAUAAAAUGUUGACAGAAAACCUUAAACGAAAGAGAUCAGACUCCAAUGCUACUUGUAGAAAGCAGCCAAAACUAUCGCUUAAGUUAAAACAAAAAACCUCUUCRCAAGUACAGAAAGCUCCCAAUGAUUCAGAAAAGUAUAGCAAUAAGAAAACAGCCCGAGAUUCAGGGAAAGAAUCCGCGGAAUUUGACGAGGGGUCUCCUGCAGUUAGUGAUCGAAGUAGUGACUCACCCUCUAUAUUAGACGAAACAAUCCAUCGAAAAUCCAUGUCUGUCSAAGAGCUAUCAACACCUUGGAAAGUACAAAUAAACAGCAAUUUUAACAAUAAUGACAUAAACUCUGUUUGCACUGASGUGGCAGAGACGAAAAGCCAGCGUAAUGACGUCAAUGAAGGAAURAAUACCGAUGAACCUUUGACGUUCGAUAGUGAUGAGACCUGCGAUUCUACUGAAAUGAUAAGAGCAAAAGGUAAUGAGCACGGAGAUGAAACUAAUGGGAGACGAACCUCCGUCGAGGAAAUAGAGAAACAAGACCCUGUACUUUGCUCAAGUCCUGAUCUUUUCGAUAGUGCGCUCUUUAAUAUGUCCUAUUUAUCUCCUGAGCGUUGUGAUGAAGAGAGAUCAUCACCGCCAUUGCCCUUUACUCCCUGUAAAGAAAAUGAUAUUCAGAGAAAAGAGGAAGARCCACAAGGUGUUGCAACUAAGCAAGUUCAAGGAGCGUGUGAUUUAAAUAGUAUCUCUGAAAAAUAUCCAUUCAAAACGUUUAGCCCGGCUUUCCAUUCUAAUCUAUCGGCUAAUGUAUAUUCGGAAGAGUUGAACGAAUCGUCCGUAAAUUCGAGUAAGCUAAUGGUUGGGCACUCUCAGGCACCAGAAAAACCUGCACGUUCUCUUCAGACGAAGAAAAAUGCCAAAUUUCAGAACAAAAGUUCAGCGUCUAGUGCRGCAACAGUGAACAGAACUUGUACAACAGUAUCAGAAAGUAAAUAUGUCAAACAARCUUCAGCACUUACUGAACUGCGACGAUAUUGCCGACAAUUGGAAAAGGAAAAACUUGCCCUCAAGGGUCUCAGCGUUGAAUCAUCAGAGAACAGUGUUUCAUCCUCUUCUGCAGUAGAAAUACCUGCUGUAAUAAAUCAUUCUUCCCAAGAUGACUUAUGCAGUACUAGGUAUAGCGAGAUAUCUCCUUCUUGCUCACCUAACUCURCAUGUCCAAAGAAAGAUUCCUCUAUUGAAAGUACAUCGCCUUUCCGUGGUAAUGUCUUGUCUAUGGGRGRAAAAGCAUGUCACGCAAAUGUAGCAGAUUCAACUCUCGGUGAUAACUCUUUCUUUUUACCUAAAGAAMUAAACUUAGCUUCUUAUGUUAAUGGUAAUUCAUCCCCCAUUGACACAAGUACGUCGAUACGUCAUGGAAAUUCUCCUGUAGAUGGAAGUCAGGCUAAGUCGUUACUACCUACUACRACAGAACCAUCGAUUGAGAUAGAUUUACACAUUUCCAAUAGAUCUCUGRUYGAAACGUCUGAAGAAAAURCAUCCCUCGAACAGGAAAAAUCCCAACAUAAUUUAGUAGGUUCCUUAAGCCUAACUGAUGAUGAUGACAACAAUGGCAUGGAUCAUCAUUCCAURAUCUCUAGUGAUARYGAUCAUUCCAUUCAGAAUGAAAAUGUAGACGAUGAAGACAUCGAUCGUGGGAAUUCUUCUGCAGAUAAAAUUGACGAUGGGAAUGAGCWUUCCAGUCCAAAACAUGAUUUMCAGGARAAAGAAUUAUCAGGAGAGUCAACUUUUCUUCCCCACAAGGAUAAUUCCGAAUUUUCGGUGAUGRAUGAACCACUUACAGUGAUAAUGCCUCAAAGAGAAGCCCYAWCAGCUACGACAUUGAUGGACAGUCUUGAUGAAUUCGGUAUCCCAAGAUGUCGCUACCAAGAACCGUUUUAUAGUGAUCCUAAUGAUGUYCCUGAUAGUAUCAUGGAUGUCGGUGGUCGUUUAUUAAAAGUUCAGUCUAAUCAAGUCAAAACUUUACAAAAAUUUGACACAAAAAGCCCUUUUGUUGGUAUUCAAGAAGUGCGAGAAAUCUUUUACUCAAGUCAUGAAAACAGCUUUCUCCAUGCCUGCCAAGAUAACAUUGGUACUUCAGAGACGUUCAUGGUUGGGAUUGAAAACAACCCUGAGUUAAAAGUGGCUUUCAUGGRAGACAAAGAUUUGACUAUAACUCCUUGUUCUAUCCCACCACACCCUGCGGUAGUGCKCUCCUGGGCUCAAACGAAACUAACAAAAAAGCUUCAGAAUGCUUUAGGUGACAACAAGAAUGCUAAACUUGAUAGAGAUGAAAAUAAAACCUCGCUAGUUUCAAAAGAGAAAUUAGUAGAGCCCGUUGAAAAUAGGCAAACCAAUCUGAGCAAAACGGAAUCUUUUCAUGAUAAAUCAAAAAAUGAUAGCUUAACUGGAUGUGGAAAAGCAUCCAAAGCAAAGUGUAUACCAUCAUCUCCUAACAGAAAUGCACCAUCUUCCGCUAAUUCUCAUGAUAAAGAAGAUCGGUCUAAUGGCGCCUCCCCAGAUUUUCCAUCAAACGAUCUGGCAAGAAWUACUAAGGUUGAAUCUAAGACUGAGACAGGUAGCCCACCUAACCGAGAAGAGAUAACAAGUCCGAAUACGUUGUUUUCGCCAGUGGACAAAUCAUUUGACUCUCAGUCGAAAAAAGAGAUAUACGACUCCGAUAAUAAUAAGAAGCAAAGUCUUAAGAAAACUAGCAGUGUUGAACGUAAGACUAGUGAUGAACAACAGGAGAGAAAAAAAGAUGCACAAGUUUUUAGUUUUGCAUUCCAAUCAACACCACUUCCUCAUAAAACAAAACCUAAAAGUGGAAUCCUGUCCCCCUCAACUGCCACCCCCGCCACGAUUGUGGGCCUUCCCCGAUUUCCUUUUCUUACACCAAUCUCUGCGUCAACACAAGUGUCCUCAAACUCUGAGAAACAAACAGUUAACAUGGUAAAGUCCCCUUCGGGUGAGGAUACCGAAAAAGUCCGUAACAGUGAUGUUGCCCCGAGACGCCAGCUUAUUCUUAGUCAAUUGAAGCUCCUUACCCCAGAAAUAGCUCUUCGGCGUAAUKUAAGCGAAGCUGGAUCAGAUAUAGAAGGACCGUCCCCUGUAAAUACCGCUGGCUACAAAGUACCGCAACUGAACGUGCAGGAUGCCAAAGCCAGUCACGAGGUUCAACAUCUUACUUUGCUGAGUAUYGAGCUUCAUGUUCGCACCCGUAAAGACAAAAAACCUGAUCCUGAGUUUGAUCCGAUAUGUGCUGUAUUCUAUCACAUCCAAACAGACUCCCCUUGUCCCACAAACAAAGUCACAGGAAUUAUAUGCGUUGAUAAGGAUUCUGCAAAACUUAUGAAUGGUAAAGAAAUGASUAAGGGAAGUACGAUAUUGGGGACUUCUGGCACCUCCAUUCACAAUGUCACCCCAGCUGCAAAGAGACCUAUUCUUGAACGUUCAGGUGUGGCUCAAUACAAAGUCCAAUACGUUGAAGAAGAAAAAGAUAUCUUCCAUGCGUUUUUGGUACUUGUUCGCAAAUGUGACCCCGAUAUUUUAAUUGGCUACGAACUUCAAAUGUUAUCAUGGGGCUAUCUCAUUCAGCGUGCUCUGAUAUUUGAUCUUGACCUUGGGAAGCUAUUGUUGCUCUUCGUGCCUAUAAGACAAUUUUUCAAUUUUUUUCUGCUCGUGUAGUUAUUUUUUUUUAUUUAUCUUCGACAGGUGGCUUUGAAUAUUUACUCUUUCGAAAACGUUGCGUUUCACGUUCUUCAUGAACGAAUUCCUUUGUUCACUUUUCGGUCGCUUUCUGAUUGGUGGGAUCACAAGACUGAWUUACAUCGUUGGCGUACUGUGGAGCAUUACGUCAACCGUUGUCAUGGAAAUAUCCGCUUGCUAGAACAAGUUGAUUUUAUUGGUCGAACUAGUGAGCUUGCAAGGUUAUUUGGGAUACUCUUUUACUCUGUUAUAUCCCGUGGUUCUCAGUUUCGUGUGGAGUCGAUGAUGUUACGUAUUUCAAAGCCGUUGAAGUAUUUAGCAAUAUCGCCAAGUGUACAACAAAGAAACAGUAUGAAUGCACCCGAGGUCAUACCACUUGUUUUGGAGCCUGAGUCCCGUUUCUACACCAAUCCCGUUCUUGUACUUGACUUCCAGUCUUUGUAUCCAUCGAUGAUCAUCGCUUACAACUAUUGUUAUUCCACUUGUCUUGGAAGGAUUUCUUGCCUUGAAGAACUUGGUGAGUUCAAGUUUGGCGCAUCCACUCUUGCUGUACCUCCCAUUCUUAUUAAGAAACUCAAAGAUGACAUCCACAUAUCUCCAAAUGGUGUUGCUUUUGUGAAGUCCAAUGUAAGGCUUGGUGUCCUACCAAAGAUGCUUGAGGAUAUCUUGAAUACUCGUAUAAUGGUCAAGACCUCAAUGAAAAAGUGGAAACAUAAAAAGUCAGUCCAUCGCAUGUUAGACGCUCGUCAGUUGGGUCUUAAACUCAUCGCUAAUGUUACGUAUGGCUACACUGCUGCGCAUUUCUCUGGACGGAUGCCGUGCGUUGAGAUUGGUGACAGCAUUGUCCGUAAAGCCCGCGAAACACUAGAACACGCAAUCCAUGUUGUCAAUACCACAAGUAAAUGGGGUGCAAGAGUCGUCUAUGGUGACACUGACAGUAUGUUUGUUCUUYUGGAUGGAGUCUCAAAGGACGAAGCAUUUAACAUUGGUCGAGACAUUGCAGCGACUAUYACAGCUUUGAAUCCUAAACCUGUUAAACUCAAAUUCGAAAAGGUUUAUCURCCGUGCGUUCURCAAACCAAGAAGCGUUAUGUUGGUUAUAUGUACGAGACACCUGACCAGAAAGAACCCGUGUUUGAUGCUAAAGGAAUUGAAACUGUUCGUAGAGAUUCUUGUCCUGCUGUGGCAAAGGUUUUGGAGAAAUCGCUUCGUUUGCUUUUCGAAACCAAAGAUGUUUCGUUAAUAAAGCGAUAUGUACAAAGGCAGUUUUCCAAGGUCAUGGAAGCACGAGUAUCUCUACAAGACUUGACCUUUGCUAAAGAAUACCGUGGUAUGGCUUCCUACAAACCUGGGGCUUGUGUUCCUGCUUUAGAACUUACAAGGCAAAUGCUGAAAGAAGAUCGUCGUUCAGAACCUCGUGUGGGUGAACGAGUGCCAUAUGUAAUCGUGUACGGGAGCCCAGGACUACCGCUCAUCAAACUAGUCAGACGCCCCCAAGAAGUGUUGCAAGACCCAAGUCUCCGUAUCAACGCUCUUUAUUACAUAACAAAGCAACUCAUUCCACCAUUGAAUCGUGCCUUUUCUCUGAUUGGUGUGGACGUCAGUUCUUGGUUUGCUGAGGUACCUCGCACAUCACGUGUCAAAGUUCAGCCCUUCACGUCUUCCGAUGCAAGAAAAAAAACCAUAUCUCAUUACUUCACUACUACCAACUGUCCAGUAUGUCAACAGACCACAACGUCACGAUUGUGCGACACAUGCACUAACGACCCUCAGAAAGUUGUUGUAACCUUGAAUGCCCAAAUAAGGCAACACGAGAGACGGCAUCGCCAUCUUGCAGAGAUUUGUUACCAAUGCUGCGGGUCACGUGACACCAGACUGUGUUGCGUUUCCCUUGACUGUCCAGUUUUCCACAAACUUGUCAAGACAUCACGUGAUUUAGAGCCAUCGAAUCACCUUCGAGAGCUCAUUGCUACUAGCAUAGACUAGAAUUGUAACUAAGAAUUACUGGACUACGAGCUGAUAGUCCAGGCCGGAUGGACUAUCAAUUCGUUGUUCUCGUAUCAAAAUAAGACAAAUUUGAAAAACAACCACAAGAAUUGUUCUCCACAUAUCUUUCCUCUUUUUCGCUUCAUUCAAUGCGACCAUGGUUGACCAUGAAUACCCCACAGUCCAAAAGCCAAUCAGAAUACUGGAUCUGUGAUAAUCCACAGUUUGGUGGAUGCUAACGUGAGAUAUCCCUCAAGCAUCGAUAUUUUAUGAACUGGAUAUUCUAAAUUAUGUUUACAAGAAACCGAUCAUCGUUUUCUUGUCAAAAAUAUCUGAAUACAGUCAUCGUUUCCGUACUGCCAUCAAGGCCUACCAUAUAAAAAGUAUUCGUAUCCGUGUAAACGUAUCCUUAUCUCCAGAGUUUCGAAUUCUCUGGUGCUCUGUGUUAGCAUUAUUUGUCCGCAAAAUAUCCAUUAUGAUUGUGAGAUUUCAAAUCAAAUGUAUUGUCUUUCUUCACAAAUUCCUUGCGUUUUCGGGCUAUCAAUGAAAAAAAAAAGAAUAUGUUGCUUGGUUUAAUUAAGGCUAAAGCAUUCUCGAACCCAGAUCCUUCUCAGUUUUCAAACGAAAAAUCGAAUGCUCUUGUUGGAAACGAUACCGGAAGACCCACUGUUAAGCUUACAGAUGACGCAUGGGAAUUUUUGAACCAAUCGAAUCAAAGACUAAAUUGUUCUCCAAAGGAUCUGGGUACGGCAAUAAGGCCCCUAACACAGAGCAAACCAGAACUCGAAAUUACAGUAUUCACAUAGCAAACACUCAAUUUAAGAUGUAUUUCCUACAUUAGAUUGCAGAGCAACCUUAACCAUGAGAAUCAAGUAAAACAAAUUUAUGACAUGAAAUUAUAUUUAAUGUAAAACAAUUCAUAGUAUUUAUUAUUGAAUAACAAAUGGUAAUAAAGAAUGCACAAGGAUUUUGUAAAUUAUUUA